AUGACCGAGUGCAGUACAGUCAUCCAGCAGCAAUCAGAUCUUCAAACUCAACAAAACCGCCUAAUUCAGGCAGAGCAACAAUGGAAAAUGAUGCAAAACCAACAAAAACAGUUCCUACAAUAUCUUCAUGAGCAACGCAUAACUAUUUCGCAGCUGCAACAACAAAAUUCUCAACAGGUUCCACAGCUUCAGCAUUCUUCACAAUUGCAGCUAAGUAGCCAACCCCCUCAACAAAAUGUAAGUAAUGAACUCAAUAUUUUGGAAAAGAACUCUGCUAAAAGACAAAUAACUUAUGAUUCUCGUGAUAUGUAUAGCGUACCAGUUUCUAAUAGAUAUGAAAUAUUUACAGAAGAUGAAACCAACUGA